AUGACAGGCGUGAGCCCCGGGCUCCUGUCUCGGCCUUGGAAAUUCCGUUUUCUAGGCUGGUCUCCCAGCAAUGGACUAGCAGGGCCCCCGUGGGGACACAUUUCCCCCAGCAGGGCCACUGGCAGCCAAGAGAAGCCUACCGCACGGCCGGCCGGCUCCGCACCUCCCCGGGCUCGGGUCCCAGGCCCGGCCCGGCCCGUGCAGACCGGAGGGACUGGGCCGGAGCCCGGGGAGGGGCGCUGGGCUCCCAGGGCUCCGCCUCGCCCCUUCCUCCAAGGGGGUUCAACGGGUCCCCGGGCCUGUCCUCCCCGACACCGCGCGGACCUCACCUUCGAGCCGACGCCCCCUCCGCCGCCCGGUCCCCAGGACGCGCCCCCAGCCCGAGGGCCCGCCCCAAGGACACGCCCCCAGCCCGAGGGCCCGCCCCAAGGACACGCCCCCAGCCCGAGGGCCCGCCCCCUCUGCCGCAGACACGCCUUUUCCUCCGAGGAUCCCGCCUCUUCCCGCGGCGCGCGCCGUUCGAGCUCGCACGUGCGGGCGCCGGUCGGUCCCCGCUAUGCCGCGCAGGCCUCGGUGCAGGGCUGUGCGCGCCCUGUUGCGCAGCCGGCCUUCCUGCGGGCCUGCCUCCGCCGCCUGGUGCCCGCCGGCCUGUGGGGCUCCGGCCACAACCGCCGCCGCUUCCUGAAGAACACCAAGAAGCUGGUGGCCCUGGGGAAGUACGCCCGGCUGUCGCUGCGGGAGCUGACCUGGAAGGUGAAGGCGCGGGACUGCGCCUGGCUCCGCGGCCGCGCAGGGGAUGGCUGUGUACCCGCUGCGGAGCACCGUCGGAGGGAGGGCGUUCUGGCCAAGUUCCUGUUCUGGCUGAUGGACACGUACGUGGUUGAGCUCCUCAAGUCCUUCUUUUAUGUCACCGAGACGACGUUCCAGAAGAACAAGCUCUUCUUCUACCGCAAGAGUGUGUGGAGCCAGCUGCAAAGCAUCGGAGUCAGGCAGCACUUGGAGAGGGUGCGGCUGCGGGAGUUGUCAGGCGCCGAGGUCAGACAGCAUCAGGUGGCCAGACCGGCCCUGCCCACAUCCAGACUCCGCUUCAUCCCCAAGCCCUGUGGGCUUCGCCCCAUCGUGAACAUGGACUACAUUGUGGGCCCCAGAGCCGUCUGCAGAGAGCAGAAGGCCCAGCAUUUCGCCCAGCACAUCAAGACUCUGUUCAGCGUGCUCACCUACGAGCGGAUGCGGCGUCCUGAGCUGCUGGGGGCCUCCGUGCUGGGCCUGGACGACAUCUUCACAGCCUGGAGGGCCUGGGUGCUGCGGGUGCGUUCCCAGAACCCCAUGCCCAGGCUGUACUUCGUGAAGGCCGAUGUGACCGGGGCGUAUGAGGCCCUCCCUCAUGACAGACUGGCAGAGGUGGUGGCCAGAGCCAUCAGGCCCCGAGAGAACACCUACUGCAUCCGCCACUACGCCGUGGUCCAGCGGGCCGUCCAGGGGCGCGUCCACAGGUCCUUCAGGAGACACGUCUCCACCUUCACAGACCUGCAGCCCUACAUGCACCAGUUUCUGGAGCAUCUGCAGGACACCAGCGCACUGAGGGACGCCGUCGUCAUUGAGCAGAGCUGCUCGCUGAAUGAGGACAGCAGCGACCUGUUUGACUUUUUCCUGCACUUUGUGCACGACAGCGUGGUUAGGAUCGGCAGCAGGUGCUACGUCCAGUGCCAGGGGAUCCCGCAGGGCUCCAUCCUGUCUCCGCUCCUCUGCAGCCUGUGCUACGGGGACAUGGAGAACAAGUUGCUGCCUGAGAUUCAGCAGGAUGGGCUGCUCCUGCGACUGGUUGAUGACUUCCUGCUGGUGACACCUCACCUGGCCAAGGCACAAGCUUUCCUCCAGGUCCUGGUCCAAGGUGUCCCUGAAUACGGCUGUGAGAUAAACGUGCAGAAGACGGUGGUGAACUUCCCUCUGGAGGGCGUGGUCCUGGAUGGGGCCGCCCCGGAGCAGCUGCCUGCCCACUGCCUCUUCCCCUGGUGUGGGCUGCUGCUGGACACGCAGACCUUGGAGGUGUUCUGUGACUACUCCAGCUGCAGGUUUCACGCCUGCGUGCUGCAGCUCCCCUUUGACCAGGGUGUGUGGAGGAACCCCUUAUUCUUCCUGAGCAUCAUCUCUGACAUGGCGGCCUGCUGCUUCUCCAUCCUGAAAGCCCGGAACACAGGGCUCUCACUAGGAUCCAAGGGGGCCUGCGGCCCUUUUCCCUCUGAGGCUGCACAGUGGCUCUGCUUCCGGGCCUUCCUGCUCAAGCUGGCCUGUCACCGUGGCACCUACAAGUGUCUCCUGGGACCACUCAGGACAGCCCAGACCCAGCUGUGCCAGAAGCUCCCCAAGGCCACGCUGGCUGUCCUGCAGGCCGCUGCUGACCCAGCACUGGCCACGGACUUUAAGACCAUCCUGGACUGAUGGG